CAGGGCUCAUGCUUGCUCUGCUGGGCCGCCAAGAAGAGAAAGCACGCUUUGUUUGUUUUUAUUUGCCUCCCGAGCUACCCAGAGGAGGCCGGGCGGCGCGUCUGGGGCCACCAAUCCGCCGGUGGCAAAGAAGGAGGGACUCCUCCUCCUCCUGCUGCUCUUUGAGCAAAGUGCAGCAAGAGAGCGCGAGCCAGUCCCAGCCUCCCGAAAGAUGGCUGCACGGAGCCCGCGUUUCUCCUCCACCUUGAGGCGGCGGCGGCAAGCCCUGCUCCUCCUCCUCCUGCCUCACCUUUCCUUCUCCUUCGGCGCCGAGGAGGAAGGCGAGCCGCCCGUGCUGGCGGACCCCGAAGGCUCCCCGCUGCCCGAAUCCGCCUUGCAGAAGCCCACCGUCUUCCUCGCCAUCCUGGCCAGGAACGCCGCCGGCUCCUUGCCCCAUUUCCUGGGCUGCCUGGAGAGGCUGAGGUACCCCAAGCCCAGGAUGGCUGUCUGGGUUGCCACUGACCACAACGUUGACAACACAACGGACAUCCUGAAAGAGUGGCUGAAAAAUGUUCAAAAACUGUAUCACUACGUGGAGUGGCGGCCAAUGGAGGAGCCCCACUCUUACCCUGAGGAGAUUGGGCCCAAACAUUGGCCAAACUCCAGGUUUGCCCAUGUGAUGAAGCUGAGGCAAGCAGCUCUGAGAACAGCAAGGGAAAAGUGGUCUGAUUACAUUAUGUUUAUAGAUGCUGAUAAUUUUCUUACCAACCCAGAUGUGCUGAAUCUCAUGAUAGCUGAGAACAAGACAAUUGUAGCACCAAUGCUUGAAUCUCGCAAUCUGUACUCUAACUUCUGGUGUGGAAUGACACUCCAGGGCUACUACAAGAGAACACCAGAUUAUUCCUUGAUCAGAGAAUGGAAGAGGACUGGUUGCUUUGCAGUCCCAAUGGUUCACUCCACAUUCCUCAUAGACCUGAGAAAAGAGGCAUCAGAUAAACUGAUGUUUUAUCCCCCACAUCAGGACUAUACCUGGACUUUUGACGAUAUCAUUGUCUUUGCUUUCUCAAGUCGGCAGGCAGACAUUCAGAUGUACAUCUGCAACAGAGAACAUUAUGGUUACCUCCCUGUGCCCUUGAAAGCUCAGCAGACCCUGGAGGAUGACACUGAGAAUAUCGUCCAUGUGCUCAUUGAAGCAAUGAUUGAUCAUCCUCCAAUUGAAGGUUCAGAAUAUAUCACAGUUCCACAGAAGCACCCAGACAAGAUGGGAUUUGAAGAGAUUUUUUUGAUAAAUCUCAAGCGGCGGAAAGACAGGCGGGAUCGAAUGCUGCAGACUCUGCAUGAGCAGGAAAUUGCAGUCAAGAUAGUGGAAGCUGUGGAUGGAAAGACACUGAAUACAAGCCAACUAAAAGCUCUCAAUAUUGACAUGCUUCCUGGUUAUCAGGAUCCUUAUUCCUCAAGAGUGCUGACCAGAGGGGAGAUUGGAUGCUUUCUUAGCCACUACUAUAUCUGGAAGGAGGUGGUGGACAGAGAGCUGGAGAAGACGUUGGUCAUUGAAGAUGAUGUCCGCUUUGAGCAUCAAUUCAAGAAGAAGCUUACAAAACUGAUGGAUGAUAUUGAGAGAGCCCAGCUUGACUGGGAGCUCAUAUACAUUGGCCGAAAAAGGAUGCAGGUGGAACGCCCUGAAAAGGCUGUUCCCAAUGUUGUGAACCUCGUGGAACCCGAUUAUUCUUACUGGACACUGGGCUAUGCUAUCUCCUUGCAAGGGGCUCAGAAGCUCAUUGAGGCUCAGCCUUUUAGCAAAAUGUUACCUGUAGAUGAAUUCCUGCCAGUUAUGUACAACAAACACCCAGUCGCCAAGUAUAUGGAAUACUAUGAACCCAGAGACUUGAAGGCUUUCUCUGCAGAACCAUUGCUAGUGUAUCCAACUCACUACACUGGGCAGCCAGGCUAUCUCAGUGAUACAGAGACCUCAACCAUCUGGGACAAUGAAACGGUGGCCACGGACUGGGACAGAACACUCUCCCGAAAAACACGGCAGCAGGGCCAGAUCCAUACAGAUGCCCAGAACAAGGAUGCUUUGCCACCUCAACCCUCCCUUGGCACGUCAUCUGCCAGAGAUGAGCUAUGACUGUCUACUUGUCCAAGAGACCUUGUUACGGUUGGCAACAGUAGGACUUGCCUCACACUCCAUCCUUUCUUGGCCUAGAAUACCCCCCCCCCCCCCCCGAGAGAUGUAUGCUGUCCUGGCUGGCAAGGGGCGCUGUUAAACCUGAUUGAGUCAGGCUGUCACAUACUGUAUCAAAGUAGGCCAUAUUUUGGAUUAUAGGUUUGUACCAUAGCUGGAGGACUCCAUAGGGCAGUAAUUUUAUACUCAAAGAAGACAAAUAUCCCUUAAGUGACAUCUUUCUACAGUUCCUGAUGUAUUUAUAAAGAUUAAUAUAUAGAAGAGCUACAGGCCCUUUGGGUUCAUUCCAUGGUCUAGUGCUGUGUAAUAUGAAUUGUUUCUGCUUUGGAUGAGUGUUAUCAAUUUCUUUGAGAAAACAUGCGAAGGGAAGGAGGAUUUUCUUGUUUCCAAAACGUUGCUCUCGGAAAUUGUUUUAUGUCUAUAACUAUCAUGAAGCCUGGAUGGAUUUGCAUUUUGUCCAUUGUGUAUGUCACCAGUGGUUUCAAUACCUUUCAGCCAUCAAUAUAGGAAGUGGCUGUUUUUCUUAAGAAUUAGAACCACAGCUCCCAGCCUGCAAAAUUAUUUAUAGGCUUCAUGCCAUCCUCACUAUUAUUCCACAAUGGCUGGUUCCUGUUAUUCCCAUAUUGGAGAACUCUGGGUUGCAAGGUUUAGGACUACAUCACAUGUUGCUAGUUGUGGUAUGAUAUAUGUCUUGGUGAUCACAAGUGUGUCUUCAGUCAUCACUUCAAACACAGUGCCUAAAUGUGGAUUUGGUUUGUAUGUUCAACAGCAAAUCAUCAAAUAACAUAAUGUCUUCUGUUCUGUUGAAUUUUAUCCCAGAUUCCCCAAAGUUGAAGCUGUACACUUGUAUAUAAAUAAGUACAGUAGAGUCUUACUUAUCCAACAUAAACGGGCUGGCAGAACGUUGGAUAAGUGAAAAUGUUGGAUGAUAAGGAGGGAUUAAGGAAAAACCUAUUAAACGUCACAUUACAUUAUGAUUUUACAAAUUAAGCACCAAAACAUCAUGUUUUAUAACAAAUCAACAGAAAAAGCAGUUGAAUAUACGGUAACGCUAUGUAGCAAUUACUGUAUUUACUAAUUUAGCACCAAAACAUUGCAAUGUAUUGAAAACAUGGACUAUAAAAACAUUGGCUGCUAACAAAUUGACUACAAAUAAAGAUAGAAUUGCAUAAAAUGAACUUGCAGUAACAACAUUAUGGUAAGUUAAAUCCGUAAAAUGUUCAGUCCCUGAUGCCUAGAAAAACAGCUGUGGAUCCAGGCAGGAGGCAGAUUAUGUUGGAUAAUCCAGAAUGUUGACUAAGCGAAGAUUUUAUUGUUGGGACACUGUUUUAUUGUACUGUUGUUGUUGCUACAUUGUGUGUUGGGCAAGGCCCCAUGUAAGCCUCCCCGAGUCCCUUCAGGGAGAUGGGGCGGGAUAUAAGAAUAAAGUUAUUAUUAUAUUAUUAAGGUUGGAUAAGCGAGACUCUACUGUAAUUGUUGCUUUGAAGUCCUGUGAUAGUUAUUCCCUUUCCAUCAUGCAACGGGGGUGAAGAACAUGUGUUCCUCCAGAUGCUGCUGAAUAUAUGGUCAACCUCUACACAAUCUAUGGCCUUCCAUUUGUUUGGGCUUCAACUCCCAGAAACCCUAGCCAGCUAGUCCAAUGGUUAGGAAUUCUGGGAGCUGAAGUCCAAAACACCUGGAGGUCCACACGUUGUGCAGAACUUCUCUAUAUGAUGGACAUUGCAGUCCAGCAAUAUCUGAAGGAUCACAGGUUCCCCAUCCCUCCUUUAAUGCAUUUUUGUUGCUAACAUUCCACAAACACAGAAGCUUCCAAACUUUGUUAUGGAGAUAUCAUUUUAAGAAAAAUUCAAAUAGAUGUCUUUCAAGUGAUCCAUGCCGCAGUGCCUUUAUUGACACCACAGAAUCUGCUCCCAGUUUCUCCUAUUUCAGUUAGAAUGCAAAGUGAAUGGUUUGCUUAUCCUGUAACUUCUGUGUCUUUUGUGGGGAGCAAGCAUCUCUUGACAGCUUUUAACAAAAGGUAUACUUUGUUUUUUAAAAAAUCCAUGUUUUUUACAAGAAUUUAUGUAUUUUGUUAUCUAAAUUGUCUGUGAACUAGACUGAAGGAUACUUGGCUUCUUCACCUCCAAUGUGACAAUCGGGCUUAUCCAUCUUGAAAUGAGAUAUGACAAGGCUCCUGACCAGGUAAAGUUUCAGCCUUGUUACGUCCAUGUAUUUAUAAAUGUACCAAAGAUCAAGUGGCCAUAUGUCCCCAGAAUUUGAUUGGGGGGAGGGGAGGUUCCUGAAGCAAAACUUUUAAAUGAAAUAAGGCAAAGCAAGACUGUAUGUGUGUGUUUAAUUUGUUGUAGAUGCUGUACACAGGAAUUGUUUUUCGAUGAAAUAACUGUGGGAUAUUAUACUCCUUCCUGAAAGGGUUGUUGCUGUCUAUCAGCUGGCCUGAUAAUAUAUAGCAAUGAGUGCAAAUCAACUCAGUUGUUGUCAUGGUCUUUAUUUGUGAUUUUAAGUGUUGUUUAGAUGCCAAAGUUUGGUCUGUUGUGGAAUUGAUUUUUCUAACUCAUUUUGAGUAGUAAGAAUUAAAGAGAAUCCAUCUCUGCUGUUCAA